CUUCUUUCAAAACAAAAAGCUUGCAGACUCUGGUUUCAUUGUGUAGAAUAAAAUAUUUCCUGGUUUAAAAACGUAAAACAAAUGGAGAAAUGUGCUUUUGGAUGUGGAUCCAUCGAUUAUUCACUUUAUUCAGUAACAUGUGGCCUCGUUAAUAAAGUUUUUGUUCCUUAACUGUAAAUUUGAGGAAUGGAAAUGAGCCAGAGUUCACUUCAGACUUUAAAGGCACCACAUUGGACUGUAAAACAGCCCGUUUCAGUUUAAGAGUUGCUCAAAACAAUGUUCUGUCUCACUCCCAUUUCUUCCUGUUGCAUGUUGAAGCUCCACUUGGAACCCUGUUAAGAUCCAACCAUGAAAAGUAGGAUUUUUGGCCCUUUUUCAGGUGGUCUUAAACUUUUGAUCGGGACUCUACCUUCCUUCGGUCUCUCUAACAGUCCCUGCAUUUAAAGUCCCGACUCUCACCUGCACGCUCGCUGCCUUCUAACGCACCAUCCCCCCUUCUCCUUCUGCCAGCAGCAGCACAGUUUCACCCUGAGCAGCACCGGAGCGGUUCAUUGAUGACCCCGACCCAUCCGGUGUGCACAUCUCAUCCUGUAUUUUGCUCACGCUGACGUGGCCUUGCUGCAUUGCUGACACGGUCUAAUGUUUCACUGCUGUUUCCCAGCAAGGCUUCAGUUUGUCUUCUGUUGGAUCAUUUUACCUGUAUGAUGAUGUUGAUACAGUUUCACCUGAGAGUUGUAAUCUCAGCUGAUGAAAUCUCUGCUGUUAGCUGUUUUUGUUUUCUCCAUGAUGCUAACCACUCUUGUAAGAAAAGGGGAGGGGCUUGGAGAAUUUCAGACACAUCUCUUCUUUACUCAGAACUUUCUGUCAAACUAACUUCAUUUAACAACUUGUAAAAAUCAUUUUGCAGUAUAAGUGUUGUGCUGUCUCUGGUCUCCAGAGCCGUCCUCACAGCAGACACCGUGAGGUCACUAAUGGCUGUGACGGUGCCGGAGACUUCAGGUGUCUGUAAGCUGCAGAAUGAGAGCCAACAACGUCCAAAUGUACCAACAGGAAAACGCAAGAACAAGCCUGCGGUUAGCAUGACAGGAAGUCGAGAUGAUGAAGAUAGUCCAGCCUUCAAACUAAGACGCGUGUUGUAUAAAAGUCUUUCUACAGAGUAAAGGACGGUUUGAGGUUCCUGCUGGCACCAUGCGCUGUCUGCACAAGCUGCUUCUUUGUCUUCCACCAUGUCUGCGAGACAUCAGUGAGACAUCAAAUAUACCUGAUUUAUCUUAAUGCUGUAAACGCCACACUGACUUUAACUUCUUCUUUUAUCAGAGUUUGCAACAGGAAUUUUUCAUGGAGAACCAGCUGCGCAGAGCUCGAUGGUGUCAGUGCAGGAUAACGAGGGUCGACAUGUCUGUGGAGGUUUUCUCCUCACUGAAGACUUUGUGCUCACUAGUGCAACUCAGGCCUCACACGUCGUUCUCGGCAACCACAAUCUGAAGAACGGUAAAAUCAUCAGGAAGUAAAAAUUGAAAACAAAAUCAUCCAUGAAAAUUACCAACACGUUGGACUUGGUAAUGACAUCAUGUUACUCAAGCUGUCUGAGAAAGUUCGAUUAGACCACAGAGUACAAACAAUUCAGCUUCCUGCUGAAAUACACCUACAAGAAAAUCACGUUGUCAUGUGGCUGGAUGGGGAGAAACUAAAACUGAUGGGGAGCCUGUUGAUGAGUGAGGGUGGUGGACGUGUCAUUGAUAGACACGUCUGUGAGGAACAGUGGCCUGGUCUUCCUGCCAAUGUUACCUGUGCAGGUGGAUAUAAGACAGCCAAAGGGUUCUGUCAGGGUGAUUGUGGUGGUCCUCUGGUGUGCGACGGUUUGGCUGUUGGUCUCGUUUCUUUCAACUAUUACCGUAACGAUAACUGCCCCGAUAAACCCAACGUCUAUACGGACAUUUCAAAGUACCGUAGAUGGAUCGACGAGGUUCUGUGCCAGAACCCUAACCCAGAACUUCUGGCAGGUCAAGUAGCACAAUCUUUCACGUUUUGUUGCAGGAAACUUUCCAUGAACGGAUGUAAGUUUUUAUAAAUGUCUUAUAAAGAAUUUUAGUUUCACUUAUUUACUCGGGUCAUUUUGCUUUCACGUUGGUUAUUUCAUUUUGUUUUUCUCUUUGUUUGAUUCUUUUUUUCUCGUGACUCUCAGAUCCUGUUCAUCAGCUGUGGAGGGUUGUUGGGUCUGCCACUUAAGGACACACGGAGAUAUCCACUGAACGGAUUUCCACAUCUGUUCAUGUUUCCUCAUCAUCACGAGUGCCUCUGAGGAUAACUGAAAAGCUCCUGCUUGAUUGUAUAUGAAGAAAUAAAAGCCAGUAUUAAAAAGAGUGUUUUGUUUAAUGCUAAAAAAUCUGGUGGUUUGGAAGUUUGUUUGAUUUCUGAUGCAGUGCACUCGCUUGGCCACACGGCGGCGCUGUUGAGUUGUCAAAUAGCUCAACAGAAACAUUUCAAUGAUGUGGAGUUUGUUUCUCGUUCGUGCCGUUUACAGAUGUCCACUGAACGCAUCACGUGCAGGCUGGGAUGAUGGUGGUUUCUAAGGAAACCAUCCCUGACUGUGUUUCAGGGGAAAAUAAAAAAAACAUCCACAUUAAACACCUGACGGAGGGUUCAGGUUAACAUGAGCUGUCUGACUCACCUGUGACAGGUAAACCUGAGUGUAAGAGACCCACAGGUGCAUUAAGUCUUCAGGAGGUUGAACAACAAGAAUUUAGUCUUCAUGAAUUCACAGGCCUCCUUUAAGUCAUGACACCAAAGCACAGCUUUAACUUCUGUGCAAUGAGACACCUGUGUCCUGGAAGUGAUGUCACAGUGGCUGUUUCUUCGCUUCCUGUUUGAGGUGAAGGCACCUUGACGACUUGUUAGGCUCAUGAAGAUUUGACCUCUCAGCCUAAAAGCUGGCGUCCCAGCCUGGAGGAGGUCCUGAGGGUCAUCAUGUGGGUCGAGGUGUGAUGGUUGGGAUGGACUCACCUGGGAUUGGGUCUCCUCCUUUACUCAGAUUCCUUCUGCUGAAGGAAUCAGCCAUGACCUGCGGAGCUGAGAACCUGCUGGUAGUUUGAAUUCACUUUAAAGCUUAUAAACCUUCAUCAUUUUAAAAAAAGUGCCGGCAUGUUAAAGCUGUACUCAGGGAAGGAAAUGUGACUGUGGUUGUUUAAUCCAAUCACAUCAGUCGGGGUUGGCUCGUCAUAGAUCAGGAGGAGAUGCCGCCCCACUCCCCGCACCUCUCUAAACACACCUGGGCAUCAGCCCCUCCAACACACAGAAAUGAUUUUCAACCAAAGAUGUGAUGAUGAUGUCAUCAGGUGUGUUUCAGAGACAGUGGAUCUGACGAACGGUGAUCCAGACAGGUGAGACGCAGACAGGUAACAGGUGAUGAUGACGCAGCAGAAACAUCAGGAACAUCUGUGUGGGGUUGGAUUAGAAACCGACAGAGAAACGUUUUUAAAUGUGCCUCACGAGUGAAACCCGUUUAAACACUCAACUUUCAUUCAUUCUUUACUUUGAAAGGCACUUCCUCUCACUUCCUGCACACGCUGUGUCGAAUGCUGCCAGCGUGACUGCGCAGCUCGUGCACAGAGAGAGGGGAGCGCCCUGUGUCGGUGCUGAAGGACGGACUCAGGGACCGACACCGGACCGACACCGGACCGACCGGGACUCCGGCGGACGUGAUUGAAGACAGCAUAAGCCUCGCAGGUAAAGGGUGGUGACGAUGAUGUCAGAGCAGCUGGAGCUCAGUGAUGAUGUAGGUGUCCUGCCCCCCCAUGAGGUGGAGCCCCCCAGGGAGGAGGAUGGACCCUGCCCCCUACCCUUCAGGCUGCAGCUGAUCGACGACUUGUCCUACGAAGACGUGAAGAAGUGUUACAGAGAAUCGACUGUCAGCAAAUACAACUCUCAGUACCACAAACUGUUCCAGGCGGUUCCUAAAGAAGAAGUCCUGAUGAAAGCGUAUUCCUGCGCUCUGCUCAGAGACAUCCUGCUGCAGGGGCGACUCUACAUCUCCAGGAACUGGCUGUGUUUCUACGCCAACCUGUUCGGCAAAGACAUCAAGGUGUGCAUCCCGGUGGUGUCGGUCCGGCUGGUGAAGAAGCACAAGACUGCGGGUCUGGUGCCGAACGGCCUCGCCAUCACCAUGGAUACAGGACAGAAGUACGUGUUUGUGUCCCUGCUGUCCCGAGACAGCGUCUACGACGUCCUCAGGAGGAUCUGCACCCACCUGCAGGUGAACGGGAAGAGUCUGAGUCUGAAGCAGUACCUGGAGGAGCCCAGCUCGCUGUCCAUGGACGAGUUUCCAGAGGUGCUGAAAUGGAGACGGAAACCGUCGCUUCCCGCCGUCUCCUCCUCUCUCCCCGAUUUGCUGGGAAACUCCACCCCCAGCCUCGCCACCACCACCACCUUCAGUGCUCACACGCUCACAGACUGCAGCCUGGAGACGGAGAAGAUCCUGCUGACAGAGCCGGUACCUGAACUGGGCCACGCAGAGUACCAGCUGCUCAGACUCUUCAUCCUGCUAGUCUUCCUGCUGGUCCUGUCGUCCUGCUAUCUGGCCUUCAGGGUUUGUCGUCUGGAGCAGCAGCUCAGCUUCCUGAGCAGCCAGCCGACGCUGAGAGAGAGGUGUGGAGAAGUGCCCUGCUGGCUAGCCAAUCAGAAGACAGGAACCUGAUCCUGCAGCCUGUCAGCGUGUGAGGAGAAAGGCUGCUUUUUAUAGCGUUAGCUGUUGGUGGUGGUGGAGAAGGCUCUCAGGAGGAGGAAGGAGCUUCAGCGGCUAACAUCUGACCCCUGCCAGCACCUGGUUAACAUAGAGAUGUUACAGUAGUCAACACACGCAGCAGACUAACCUUUGACCUCUGGGACAGAAAUGUCGGCGUGUGCAUUCCUGGUCAGUCAAAGGUCCCGAGAACUGAAAAUGUGUUGUGGGAUACCGCGCAGAAGUGUUCGACUGUUUUCCAUCACAUCACCAUCAAGGAGGCGUCUGAUUGGCCCACACAUCCAGCCUCGCCUCACCGUCAGCUGCUAGAAGCUGGAGAAAAGCCCAGAUCCAAGCAUCACGAUCGAGCUCAGACCCUCAUCACAGGACUCAGCCAUAAACUGUAUAUAAAAGACGGACACAGUUACUGUAACGUUUCCCGCCUCCAUGUUGGAGUUUUUAAAGCAGAGAUGCGCCCCCCUGAAUCCCUCCCCCCUCCCCGUGCCCCCUGACUCUGAACGUUGUGUUAAAUUAAACCUGAAAUCAGUGACUGAUGUUUGUGUUUCCUCAAGCCGACUGCCCCCUGCUGGUCAUUAGAAAGAAUGCAGGUGUGACGUCACAGGAUCUGCUGUCUUUUAUGUACAGUCUGUUGGCUCGUCACAUAGCUCAUGUGACCUGGGAAGACGUCGGGAUCCCGAGCUGGAGAAGGAGAGCUCAGGGGUGGACGAACAGCUUACAGUCGACCCGUCAGGUGACACCAGAUGAGUAGUUACACGUGUUAGGAAGGUUUCCUGCCAUUAAUCAUCUCCUCAGUGUUACUCAGCAUAGAAGCUCAGGAUUAAUAAACUCUCACAUCACUGCAGCAUUAAUGACAAAAGGUGUUCCUCAUUAUUUUCUAAUAUGCACACAAACAGUAUCUGACGGCUGGAGAACCUCGCUGCUCACCUUUGCAUUCAGAACUGCAGCGACUGAUUUCUCCUUUGAGACACAGCGACUGCACCAUGAUGACAUCACCAUGAUGACAUCACGCUGGAUUGCUGUGUUACAUUAGAGCUGUAGCAUCAAGAUUUGAAUGUUUUUCUUAUCAUGCAGAGAACCCGAAUCCAUCUUUGUUUAAUAGUAUUCGAUCAGGCUGAUUUGUUGUAUGAUGUAUGAUGAAUGUGCACAAAGAUCAGCCGCCAGAGGUGGACGUCUUUUUAAUAAAUCAUGUAAACAAGCUGAAUUUACUAUUAAAGCUGAUAUUUUCAAA